AUGAGGUCAAAACUGUGUGAUGACGAAAGUGAUGACAAGAGUAAUAAUGAGAAUAAUGAUGAGAGUGAUAACGAGAGUGAUUACAAGAGUGAUGACGAGAGUGUUGAUGAGAGUGAUGACGUGGUAAUAUGA